AUUCAACAGAUGCCUGUCGAACUUCUCAGAAACAUAUUCACCCUCGCCUGUACGGAUGGAGGAUUCACCGGAUGCUCUCUGUCACUCGUUUGCAAGCACUUUCGAGAGGUCGCGCGUCCUUGUCGCUUCUUCUCCGUCAAGCUGAACAUAGUGACGAACCUUCUUCGGCCCGAGAUUUUCGUUCGAUCCUUCCAGGCCGAGAUUUCCCGAGAGGUCGGCUCCGAGCGGCCUCGCAUUCGCCACCUCCACAUCGAAUCA